AUGGCGGACGACCAAGCCAAUUCACUGGCUACAAAAUUGCAGGCAGGUGUUUGGGGCGACAACCCUUGGAUGACCCGCGACCAUGACAUGAUGAAGCUUUAUACGCAUCUUGGCGCUUUGCAAACGUUCAAUGGCUCGCCGCAGCUCGAUCUCACGGUUCGCGUGUUCUCCCCUCUGUUCGCCACCAGUGAGCCGAUCAGCCGUGUCACUUUUCUGGAACCGUCGAGCAUGACGCACAACUAACAGGAACAGAGGCUGACUGCCAUGCCAAAGACAAAAAGCAUAUGUCCACCGCUAGUAAGCAACAUCGGCGAAAUGAUUACCACUAAGUAUCUCAUACAUUGAAUUCUACCUGCUCCUAGUAGCAGGUCCCUCGCCAAACGGUAGCAUUCGCAUCAGAGUCCAGCUAUCUAGGCCCGACUAUGUAUGUAUGCUCGUGUUUUCGCAUUGCAACGCACUUUGGAUGCCAAGGACGAUCGCUCGUAGAGUGGAUCGAUGGCCAUUAUAAGGUGAGCACUUAUUUUCCAAGCUGAGUUCCUCAGGAGUAGCUUGCUUGCUUGCUGGC